AUGGCAGCGAUAAGGAACACUAUAAAAGCGGUCGGUCAGUUACUGAGAACGAUAUACUCACUCUUUUCCAGCCGCCUUUUAACUUUACAACAACUCAUCGUGGAGGGAGCUCAAGUGGAGACCGAUGAAAUGCAUAUGACCAGCCAGCAACUGGGUACAGGGAAAAAUCCUUCUGUAUCCACCACAAGAGAAGAUCGUAAUAAGACGACAAAUCCGACAAAAAGCGAAGACAAGAUGGCUCAGCAUGCGACGUCGCCACCAGCACUACAACCAUCUCCUGUGAAGGCUUCCCCAGCGAUGAUCUCAGCAGAAAGAGCUCGUCAUCGAUCCCGUCGACCAAGCAAAACUGUACCUAUGAUACCAUUCGGAACCCUUAUUCAGGGAAAGUAUGAGCUGCAAAAGGUUCUUGGAGCUGGUGGUUAUGGCCAAAUAUUCAAAGCUUUUGAUUCUGUGAGUGACAAACGCUGA